UUGCUUCGUGUCUUCUGUUCUUCCAGUAAAGAUGAGAAACCAGAAAAACUUUGUCCCGUGAAAAAUCGUAGGAAAACUGUGAAAAAAUCGUGCCCAACCAAGUGAAUUGUAGUUCCUUUCGUAGGGUAGUCUAGCAAGUAGGAUUUCCGCCGAAACGAUGGCCCCGGGAUCCAACAACCAGAAUAAUAACAACAACAACAAUCGGCAGACGGGGACAAGGCCCAAGAUCAAAGCCUCGAAGAAAAAUUCCGUUCCCCGAGAGGUUGUCGCUCCGACCAGGCGGGAUCUCCAGCAGCAGCUCAAUGUUCUGGUGGAUUGGGCAACGGUUUCCGGAGCGGCCGCUGCAGUCGCCAAUAAUCAGCAACAAGGUCACUCGAAUCCUCAUCAAUCGUCAUCGGCGACAGGUGCUGCUGCAGCUGGAAGUGCUGGCAAUCAUCAGCAGAACUUUCUUCUGAAGCCGAGGAAUAAUCGAACACCGGGCGAAGGAACGUGUUACGAAAUUGACAACCUCGCACUCCAAGAUAACAGCCGUUACAUCCCGGUGCGUCCGAUCGUCCGCCGUAAUUUGCUAAGUGAAAGCAGCGGUGUCGAACAGGGGGAAUCUCACAACACGGCCGUAGGAGUGGUCAUUCCUACGACACCCAAUUCUGGCCUGCAAACAUUCCGUUUGAACGACACAGGAAGCAAUCCGUCAGCAUCUAACAUCAACAAUCUGCUGAACAAUUCCGGCAGCCAGAAGCACAUUCUGAAUCCGUUCCACCCGCAGCAGCAUCAGCAGCAGCAGUCGCAGCCAUCCAUUCCGAACCUGCGAGCUUCACCGUUGAGUUCUCGGGUCCCGGACGGUGCAUCACAGAAUCAGUUGAAUCUGAACAAGAACUCGAACCAACAGCAGCAGCAACUGCACGGAGCCGCAGUCGGUGGCGCCGUGGGCGGAGCCAAUCUCUCCAAGGCAAACGUCGAGGACAAACUCCACCAAAUUCAGGAGUACAUUAAACUGACCACCAAUCUGAUCACCUCGGUGCAGCUGGACAACAAAACGAAGAAUAAGAAGGAAUCGCAGGCAGAGAGCGGCAGUAGCAGAACCCCCGUUCGGCACCAGUUUCCAAUGGGUGACGAGAGUUGCUAUUUUGUGCCGAUCAACUCCACUAGCUUGGAGAGCGUACGGCAGAGCGAUUCCGAGUUGAACGGUCCUAGACCGCAGUCAGUUCAGAGUAUCAGCACCACGCAUUCGGCGACUCCGGUCCAAACGCCAUCGUACGACGAUCUACGCUUCAAAAUGGAAAGCCAGAGCAAAAGCAUGCAAGCGUUGAAAGAACAACAAGCGCACCUAUUGCGACUUCAGCAAGCGGCCCGACAGCAACUGCAGGAAAUGGAAGCAAUCCGUAAUCAAACCGUGACCAGCACCAUUCCGCUGGAUAACUUUGAAUCCGUGGAGCAAGUUCAGGACGGGAUCAGCGGUAUUAUGGAGAGGAUGCGAGUGCUAGCGACGUUCAUUCAAAAUCAGCAGGAACUGGGAAACAUGCUCGGAGGCGACAACGAUGAUGUACUGAAUGAGCAAGUGAUGCUUCAGCAGAAGUUUCAAGAGUUACGAGACAAGAAGGCGCAGAUGCACAACUUGGUAUCGGAGUUGCAGAAUUUGAACGUGGAGGCUAGUAGACAGUUUGAAGGAGCAGCAUCCAAGCCGGUCGAGCGAAAUAUUCCUAUCGAACUAACAAACGCCCCGGCAUCAGCUGCCGAUAUGAGACAAGCGACAAAGACUUUCAAUCAUAGCAGUGUCGAUCAUGGCAUGAUGAAUGGAACUGGAUCGCGUGGAGGUUCGAUUACUCCCAAAGUGGAGAAUGUAGCUGGCGAACGUGUAGCAAAUUUGCACGAAGAAGAGGACGAUGAGAACGCGGAAGCUAUAUCCGGCACGGCGGAAAUGCUCAACGAGAAAAUCAAUGAGAUUAAUGCAAUGAAGUCGCAGCUUAGAAGGCUGAAAGAAAUGAUGGACACGGUGAAGUUGAUCGAAAUGAAAACCGGCGAGUCAAUAGACGAAGAGGAAGAUGCACCGGAAGAGAACGAUGAAAAUCCUGAUUCGGUAGAAAAUUCUCGUUCUCCAAGCGUGGCAAGCCAGAUCAGUGAUCAUGGAGCAGCCGUCGGUGGUUCCACUGAUCCAAGACGUGAGCAGUUGAAUCAAAGGGUAGAAGCCUUACACGCCAUGACCCGUGAUUUACGGGAACAGGCCAAAUCGAUUGCCGCUGAACGGGAUGCUUUGAAGAAUGCUCACACCGAGAUUCAAAGACGCCGUAACAAUGUGACCGAUCUUCAGCACCAGGCUGAGGCCCAAACUGCAGAAAAACUAACUAAUCAUGUGGCGUCAUUCGUAUCUUCGAUUCCACCAGGUCCUAAAGAACGACAACAGAUGGCCUUAAAGGCUGAACUUGAGCAGAAGAAACGCGAACUCGAAAGAAUAGCCAACAUGACUCAGAGCAUCAAGAAAAACACUGAGCUUUCCCGUCACAAUACGGAAGUGGCUCCACCCAAAGUUCCUUCGGUUUCGUCGGCUGAUUCGCUCCGAUCGCAGAGUCAACCACCGGUGAUUCCACCUCCACCAGCAGCAUCUGCAGUGAACAACACGGCCGGUAGUAAUAUUACCAAUCACUCGAAAAAUUCGGCAGAUUCUGGAGUGACCGAUAUAUUUGCCAAUGCCCAUCUUGAAUCCGGCAGCUAUCAAUCGAGCAGCACCCGUAGCUUGAACAUGGUCCCACCGAUGCCGGACAUUUGCAACCGUCCCGAACGGUAUCGCAAAUCGGAAGACGUUGGCACUUCAACUGCUCGCACGGAUCGAACUUCUCCGUGGCCGGCCCAUUUGUUUAGCGGUGCUGGACCAUCCAGUUCCAACACGGGCCCACAGAGCCCCCAUAUCCAUCCAUUCGCCGGAUCGGAUAUCCACGUGAGCUCCGCAUACCCAACCUACAACACAUAUCCGACUUACUCGAACCUACUGCCGCCACAUACGCCGAACUCAGCCCCACAUCCGUCGGAUCCAUUGAUGUUCCAGCAUUUUAUGCAAACCCAGCAAAUGCUGAUGAACUCGAUCACCCAGUGUAAUCAGCUGCUGUGGAUCCAACAGCGGGAAAUCAACAAUCUCAACAAUGCGGUCUUGUUGCUUCAAGAACGCAUCCUCAACAGCGCAAACAACAGCAUACUGAUGAACGACAGUGGCCUCGUUCCAGGAGCCGGAUCGCACAUUCGAGCCGAAUCAACUCCUCCAAACAAUACCCUAAACUCGGCACCCAGUAUGUCAGGAUCUCUGUAUAGCCGUGCUCGCUCUGAACAACCAGCAAUGGUCCACCAACAAGGCCCAACGUCCCCUUACCACACAAUUCCUCCAUCUGUCCAUCAACCAGUCUACGGCAAUCUCAUGCCUUCGAAUCAGUUCCCAUCGUUCACCCCUUCAUCCACUCAACCCCAGCAACCCCAUCUUCAGCAAUCAAACCAGCAAUACUCUAUCAAUCAGCAAAUCCAACGCAAUAAUACUAACAUGUCCAACUCUAACGCCACAGCAAACAGUAGCAGCAGCAGUCACCGUAGCUAUCGCAAUCUCAGACACGUUAACAUUAACACCGCUAACAACGCCAUCUACGAACAGCAGCACCAACUGCACCAACAGCAACUUUACGAUCACCACGUACCGCUCCAUUCGAACAACUACAUGAACCAAAACGGAACCGGAACCGACGAUUCCAACUUGCAACCUCCGCCGCAGCAGCAACAGUUCAACAAUGCUUCCGCUAGCGGUGCCGGCAGUCUCGGUCCGUCGAAUAUGAUUAACAACUUGGCCAACGGUCCAACGAGUGGCGCCAGCAUGGCACCACCUCCGUGUUUGAACAAUUUGAACAACAGUAGCAAUCUGAACAAUGUCUCCACGCAGCAGCAGACAACGACACAAGCGCUGAACAAUCAGGUGCUGCCGGGGGUGCGCGCCAACAACUACUGGGACAAUUUUCGAAGUUACUCGAGACAGAACCUUCUUUCGAGCAAUAGUUGCAAGAGCAACGAAGAUUCCUGUACAUUCAGCUUGGGCAGCUGCACCAACAACAAUAUCAACAAUCAAAUUCAGCGCAACAACAGCAAUGUGAACAAUGUUAACAACAGCAACAACGCCGCAUCCACUGGAACAGCAAGUGGAGGCGCUACCACAGGAUCCACAACUGGCCCUGGCGUUAAAUACCCUCACAAUUUCAACCGGAACAAUUCCUUCAGCAACAUCAACCAACAAUCAAGUGCAUCCGACCUGGGACCGAAUCUUCAGCAACCGAACGUAUCAUCGCAUAAUCCAACGCCCUCACAACACUUUCAAACGAUUUCCCAGUCACAUCAACAGCAGCAGCAGCAACAACAAGCAGCUCAGCAAGACAGCUCCCAGUUCCAACCGGUAUCGUCACAAUCAACGUUCCUUGAACAUCAGUCAGCGCCGCAGCAAUCGCAACAACAUCCACACCUACAGCAUCAUCAGCAACAACCACCUCAACAGCACCAUCACACUCCGCUGAGUCAGUCCACGUCGUUCGAUCUGGGUGAGCUGCAGUUCCAUACCAAUCCGAUCAAUUUGGACUUGGCCAACAAGAGCGGCCAUCCGAAAGCCAGUGGCAACAAGAAGUACCCGAUGUCGUUGCGAUCGUGUCGCGAUGGAAACAACCUUGGUGGCGAGAGCAGUUCCAACUUCUACGGCGUGGGAGCACAUGCGGAGAUGGUGAGCGAUCUGAAUUUGGCCACGGCUAGCAACUAUCAACACGAUUCGAAAUCAACAUCCAAACUUUUCGAAGCGUUGAAAGAGAACGUCUACCAAGAGGUGAAGAAUCUCAUCACUGCCAACGAGUCCCGGCCACACUUCCUGAUCCAGUUGUUCCGCGAGCUUCAAUUGAUCUCGUCAGAUCCCCUGCGUCAACGGACUUUACAGUCGAUCCAGGAACUGUAUAAUCGCUACAUUGAGUCUACGAUUCAGCAGGAACAGCAGGAAGGACACGUCAAUAACGUGGGUAGCAAUAAUUUGCUCUCGUCCAGUGACGUCGCCGGAGGGGGACAAACGGCGAACGGCGCUGGAGAUGCCGAGAACAUUGAAGUCGUUGAAGUUGCGCAAAAUUUUACCAACGUUCGGCAGCAGCAGCAGCAACAAUUCCAGUUUGCGCCUUCGGCAGAGAGUACCCCAAUUACCGGAGGAAGUGCAUCCGGUACUGGCGCCAACCUCAGUGCUCCCACAAAAGAUUUGGAAGCGAAUGAUUUAGGAGGGAUGGCCAGUUCCGAGAUAAUCAGUAUCAUCAUGGGGGAUAUUGUGGGGGUGAUCAAUUCGGUGGACUACAUUAACGACUCGGUGUUGUGUAAAAUUGCUGGGGUGAUUUGCAACCAUGCCACUGGGGCUUCGAACGGGCUGUUUCAGCAACUGCCGGCUCAACAAGAGCCAGAACAAGGCUUAUUGGGCAGUCCGAUGCUAGGGCCGUCCAUGGCUGCCUUCUUGACGCAGAAUGAGACUGAUGUUUUUAGUAGAGAAGACUUUUUGAGAUACCUGGAGAGCUGGAACCGCACUGAUAAGGACGAAUUUAUAUCGAACUUAGAGAACUUGUUGAACAACAUAUUGCUGAGAUCCUCGGCAGCGGAAGGCGAUACAGCAGUAGUCUCUUCAUCGAACAUGAACGGUGACGAAGAGGGACAGAUGAGAUCCCAACAACUGCAACAACAACAGCACGAUUCACUGUCCAGCUUCAGCAAUGGAAACAACAACACAACCGGUGACAUCAGUACCGAUAACAACGAGACCUUCCAACCCUACGCUCAAGGAAAUGAGAAUCCCUUCCCACCCCAGGUCGCCACCGUUUCGGGAGCCGUUGGUGGAAGCACCAAUCGACGAGUAUAUGCAACAUCCGAAAGUGACAAGAUGUCCAAUGGAAUUAGCAGUUCAAAUGGCUAUGCCCUAACAACCUACGAUCUGGCAGAAGCGGAUCAGAUUUGCGACAUGGACAAAGUCCAUCCGGUGGGUGACAUGGCAGGAGGGGCAGUGGGUGGUGUUUCGAACAGCGGAAGUGACGAUCAGAUGGCGCUACGCAAUGAAGACACCCGUCGCUGGAUGUUGCUGAUAGAUCGGAUUGAAAUGAAGAGGGCGGAGAAAGCGGCUCAGGAACAGCCCAGCAUGGAUUCCGAUGAUGACGAGCUCCCGCUAUUCUACUGAGACAUGCACUGUCACCACUGUUGCUUCGGUCUGGUCCGUCGAUGCUGGAAAGGAUCCCAGGGCAAGUUGCCCGUCACGUUACUGAUGAAGAUGAUCUCAAGCAAUGCACAGAGAACGAACGAGGCUGCCGAGAGUGACCAACCUCACCUGCCACUGCUCCCUCACCACCCCAACCGUUGGCCUGACACAGACUACAGUUCGUUUCUGUUCCAUUUGCUGUGUGUGAUAGUUUCCGUUCUUUUUAGACGAAGGCGUUGCUUCCGUUACUAAUCGUUCGGAGAGGGAUGGGGAACCGAAAAGGGAAACAGUGUGGAUAACAUCCACACCAUGCAUUAUGCGCUCGUUUUUAGCUCGGGAAAUAUUUAUUCUCUUGUAACCGUUAAGUAAAGUAUAAUUUAUCCCAACCUAGAAACACAUUCACAAAUACAAUCAAUCGGCUCUCUGGGACAAAAUUUUGAAGCAAAACUAAGCUUUACAAAGCUCAAUAAUCGUUGUUGUUAUUCCUAUACUUUUGCGAUUUGCAUGGCUGUUUUUUUAUGCAAGGGGCUGCUAUGCGAAUAACGGCAUUGUGUAGACACUAAUCAUACUCAAUUAUAUAGUCACAGACAGACGAUACAUAAUACAAAUAUUCCUUUCAAACACAUCA